CAGGCUCAAACUGCCCAAAUGAGAUUCUCUAACGAGGGAGCAUCCGUUUCCACUGCGGCUCUCUCUGCCUAAACUCUGGCGCGGGCCAGGCUUUCUUUCAGUUUAGCUUCUCAGCUAGCGGGACCAGGCAACAACAAGGCGGCUCGUGCGGCCUCCCGACUCUAUAAGACCUCUUCCACACAUCAACCCAUCCUUGACCGAUUUGGUUUUUUACCUUCAGAAUCCCCUCCACCAGUCGCCAUCACUUGGGCACCAUCUGACAUCCAACAAGAUGGUUCUCAAUCUACCGACCGAGCUGGUCCAGCUCAUUCUCCAGAGCUGCGAUACCCCAACGUACCUACAGCUAGCGCUCUGCUGCCGCAGUCUUUACGAGAUGGCCACGAAGAGCCGUGAGCUCGUACUUUACCAAUUAUGCCAAACACCAGGCUGCACAGAUGACAUCGAUACGCUGCCAACCGAAGAUCUCAUCAAGCGACUGAUGCAACACUCUCACCAAGAGCUCUUUGGUUCGGAGCAUUUCACAGACCGGAAGCUUAUCGAUUUCCAAGGGAAAAAGCUCGACGCCAGAGCUUCCUCUCUGGACGAUCCGGUGCUGCGAAACAGAGCUCUUCUUGCUUUCCAGGGAGACGAGACUGUCUACUUUGUGGAUAUCCGAGCUGGGACCGUCAGUCUUCGACGCCGCCUGGAGUCCCCGGCAAAACGGUUCGGAACCAUCCAAGUGCUUCGCACUGCCUUCAACAGCCGUGGAGCGUACGUAUUACAUCGUUUCCAGCCAUUCCCAGAUGAGCAGCUGGACAUCACGCAUCCAUUUGUCCAGCAAGCGAUGCAGUCAUAUUCGCAGGGCAGUAUCUUCUUGGCAUACUAUAGCUUUGACUCUCUUACGGACGCCGUGAGACUCUAUGACUUCCACGACGAACAAGACUAUGAUCCAAUUGCUCUUGCUGCUCAUGGCGACGAGAAAUUUGCAAUUUCUUGGCAGCAUCGUCAACGUGCUCAAGAUCAUCAUGUGUCUAUCUACCUAGCUGAGGAUCCUGAUGAAGACGAGGACGAAGGCGACGAGGUGGACGACGAGAAUGAAGGAAAUGAGCAGGAAGAGAAUGAUGGUGAGCCUAAGGCUUCGAGUCAACGGUCAAAGACGGUGUCAAACAUCAUCUGCUCUUCAUACGACUGCUACGCGCUCACUGAGAUGAACGACGGCAGAUCCAGCGAUGCUGCCCUGACAGGAAAGGGACCAACCACCAAAUUGGUCUUUAAUGACCGGGGAUUCCAACUGCUUCACCACUACAGAGCGCACACUUUGUUCAGCUCGUUCCAAAAACUACAUUCUAUUCCCGGAACCCCAGAGCCCACCGUGCGAAAUAAUGCCUGUGUGGUAGAAUACUCUCCCUCACUGAUGCUGCAAUUCGCGAUAGGCAUUCCGUUCUUCGCAACUCACCGAAAUGGCAUCGAAAGCCCCGUACCCGGUACUUGCCACUGGCAGUACCUGACAGUGGGUAUUGCAACGCACCGGGUUGAGCAUUGGACGGUGGCCUGUCUCUUGAAGUCCGAAUCCAACCCCCAGGCUUUCCGUUGCGGUCAUGUUAUGAACCUUGACCGGGGAAGACGCUUUGACCACUGGACUACGGUGGCCCAGCUGGGCGGAUAUCAGGAGUCAAACACCAGCGAGGGCUCUCUGAUCGCGGCCUCUCCGCUGGGCACUCGAAUUGCAAUUGCCAAUUGGAACACGGUGACCGUUUGGGCGCUAGAACCGCGAGUGUUGGUUGACGAGGAAGCGGGUCAUUACCCAGAGUCGUGGAUCAAUUCCGCCGGAUUGACAGAGCUGCGACCUGCGGCGAUCCAGCUGGAUGCGGUUUGCUUGCAAUUGAAGUUCACAGAUAAUGAGAACGAGCUCGUUGCAAUUACCGAUCGCGGGCUGAUGUUGCUGGACAUCCGGCCCUCCGGCCGCGGUGUACAGACCGUCGAGCUCCGAGAUAUUUUCUGAGCAUGCGCUUACAACCAGGGAACGAAUCGACAUUGUGCUUAUAUGCAGUGCAUGGAAUCAGGGCGUCAUUUUGAUUUUUUCUUUUCUUUGCAUUUGAGCCUGGAUUUGCGGGCUGAAUUUAGGGAGCGCACCCUGGUCUGCCUGAUACCACAUGCAUAGCGUUUUCAUUUAGCUUGACUCCCGCCUCCUCAGCCAUAGUUAGCUCAUUGAAGGGGAUGAA